UGGUCGCCAAUUGGUGGCGCAGUUCAGCAAGGACGUGCGGUUUGUUGACAUCGGAACAGCCUCUGAAACGCUGCAAUGUUUGUCUUUCAAGACACAAUGUUGAAGCUGAGCAAUGUCAUCCGUGUCGUUUUGAAUCCAAAUAUCAUCCACGGUAUCAUCCUAUUAGAAAGACACAUUCUCACAAGCUAUUUAGCUGGCCCAUCCUCGCUUUGAGCCAUGGCAACGCCGACCCCCCCACAGUCCAUCCUGAGGGAGUUCUGCCCUCUGUACUACUUGCUGAACAGCAUCCCAGAAAAGGUCCAGAAGGGUUUCCGCUCCGUGUUGGUGUACCUGACUGCGCUGGACAGCAGCCGGGACUUCAUCGCUGUGGGCAGCAGCAUCGGAGUCCUCUAUCUGUACUCCCGCCGGCUCAGUCACAUGGACAAGCACCACAUCAAGGGAAAAUCUGAAGCUAUUACAGCAGUGAAACUCCUCAGCUGUUUUGACGAUCUUGUUGCUGUGGGAACGGCAUCAGGACGGGUUACGGUGUUCCAGCUCGUAUCUCAACUUCCUGGCCGGAAUAAGCAGCUGCGGCGCUUCGAUGUGCUGGGCCUCCACAAGAGCACCGUGACCUGCCUGGCCUGGAGCACCAACGGGGCCAAGCUCUUCUCCGGGGACGACAAGGGCCGGGUGGUCUUCACCGCCCUGGAGCUCGACAAGGGGGAGUGUAAGCCGGUGAUAUUCCUGGAGGAGGCGUCUGGGAUCGUCCAGCUGGAGUACAGCCACACGGUGCUGUUGGUGUGCAGCCAGCAGAGGGCGCUGUUCUUUUCCACCCAGCAGCAGGUCCUGCAGCAGAUGGGGACCAAGCCAAGGAAGAGUGGGCGGUUCGGGGCUUGCUUCCUGCCCGCUCUGUGUAAGCAGAGCGACCUCCAGGUGCUGGCUGCGCGGCCUGGCUUCAGGCUGUGGAGGGCCGACAUCCAGGGCCUGGCGGAGGACGCGCAGCUCUUCAAAGACCUCUCCAGCACUCCCGUCCCGGAGUUCCAGUUGUUCCCCCGGCCGUCCACAGCCGGUGCUUACCACCCGGCAGAGAGACAGCUGGGUCUGCUGUCCUGUUUCCAUAGAGACGGCUGGCUGCUCAGCUGGAACGAAUACAGCGUCUAUGUCGUCGACUGUCUUAACGAGGUGGUGAUCGGAGCUCUGGAGAGCUGUGGGGACAUCGUGGCCGUGUCCUCGUGCCAGAACGAGGUGUUCAUCCUGAAGGGAGACCGAGACAUCAUCCGGGUCUCCAGCUGCCCCGAGGGACAGACCCCCUCGUCUGAUUCGUCCGCCGGCCUCGCGUCGCCUUUGACCACGCCCACUGUUCUCUCUCCACCAAUCGGUUCGGUGGAAACGGCCCAGCCCAUCAGAACCAUGGCCAUCGUCAUGGAGAAGCAGGACGCGGGCGUAGGAGCGAGGAGCGCCGGGGAGGAGGAGGAGGAGCCGGAGGAGGAGGUGGAGGAGGAGGAGGUGGAGGAGGAGGUGGAGCCGGAGGCGGUCGAGGGUUCCGCGCCCCACGCCGUCGGCUCCCGACGGGACCUGCAGCUGCUCUUCCUCCUGCCGGUCGGGGAGCACUCCCCCCAGCGCGGCUCCACCCACAGCCGCAGCAGCUCCGUCACCUCCUGGGACAGCGGCUCCACCUCGCUGACCCCCGACCUCUCUGAGCUGGGCUCCAAGCGCUACAGCGCCUCCCUGGACCCGGAGGAGCUGCAGCAGGAGCUGGUGGUGAAGGCCAUCCGCGUGAAGAAGAGGAUGAGGAGGGGACGCAAAGACAGCUGCAGCAGGAGGACCGUUUCAGACGGGGGCUGGUCCGAGCCCAUGGCGGGUGUGCAGGACGGGGCCGGUAGCCACGGUAACCCUCAAACCCAGCAGCCCCUCCUGGAGCACCGCCCCCCCGAGCCUGAGCCCAGCCGAACCCAGGACCUGCGGACCACGUCGGGCUCAGAGGCCGGCCCCCUCUCCCUCCCUCCCCUCCUGCUGGGGGACCCCCCCGACCCCGCCGUCCCCCCCACCCCGGACGUGGACCUCCUGCUGGAGUGCAGCUUCUCCUACCUGCAGGCGUCCCAGGACCCGCCCCCCGGCCCCGACCUGCUGCCCAAUGGGGAGGGCGACGAGGAGUUCCUCAGCCCUCUCAUUGGACCAGAGGAGGAGGAGGAGGAGGAGGACGCGGCGCCCCCCUGUGGCCGGGAGGACCCCCUGUUCCACUCCACCGUGUCCACCCUGGACCCCGAGGCCAGCGACGAGGAGGAGGACAUCUACCGCUGCAGCGGAGCGCCCCCCGGUGGAGAGCCGGGGUACUGCCGCCCCGGGGGGCCCCCGGGGGGGCCGGCCGAGGAGGACCAGCGGUCACCGAAAGGAGACCAGCUGGCAGAGUGCUGGAUGGGGUACCCUGGUCCAGGCUGUGGCAUCCUGAGUCUCCAUGUGACUGACAGGUAUGUGUGGUGUCUGGACUUCAAAGGGGUCCUGUUCUGCAGUCCUCUGCCCGACGGGGGUCUGAAAUGGCAGCGCUUUGAAGACAACAUCCACCAGGUGGCCGUGUCCCCCUCAGGAGGUCUGCUGUGGAAGGUGGAGCAGAAGACCAUGACGGCCUACGCCUGUGGGAAGGUGUCCAUCAAGGGGAAGCGCCACUGGUACAAAGCCCUGGACCUCACCGCCUCCGUCGCCCUCGGCAACAACGCCGCCUGGAUCCUCCGCACCAACGGAGACCUCUACCUGCAGACAGGGCUGAGUGCCGAGCGCCCCUGCGCCCGCUCGGUGAAGGUGGAGACCCCGUGCUCGUUCUCCCAGGUGUGUGCGCGAGGGGGCGUGGUCUGGGCCCUGAGCGAGGAGGGGGCCGUCUUCUACAGGGAGGGGCUGAGCAGCUACUGCUGCGAGGGGGACAGCUGGAGGAACGACAAGAUCAGCGAGGCGCAGGGGGUCCAGCUGAUGUGUGUGUCUCUGGGCCCCAGCGGGGUGGUCUGGGCGCUGGACGCCAGCGGGGCUCUGUGGUUCAGGACCGGGGUCUCCCCCGCCAGCCCCCAGGGGGAGGACCACCACUGGUGGCAGAUCAGCAUCACGGACUACGUGGUGUUCGACCAGGGCAGCCUCUUCCAGACCCUGCUGCAGGCCACCCACAGCGUUGCCACGGUGACCAGGACCCCCGUGGAGCGCGUGGCCGAGUGCCUGCGCGUGGCCUUCCUCUCCCAGCAGGCCCAGUGCCAGCCCAGCCUGGUCAGCGCCAACCCCAGUGGGGUCUGGAUCGCCUCAGGGCGCAACCACCUCCACGUCGCCAGAGGCAACCUCGUGGGAACCUUCUGGCAGAACGUUGUUCCCAGAGGAACUGUCUCCUCCACCAGAUGGACCUUCAUCACCACCUCGGUGCUGCCCUACCGCCCCGGUACACACACGCUGUUAUUCAUUGAAUCACUCAUCUGCCUUAAAACACACACACACACACACACACACGCACACUGACACACACACACACCU